UAACCACACGUCUUAAAUUAUUAUCUGACGUGUGAAAUACGGCGAUUACAUUCAAGAAUUAAUAAAUUAACACGUAACCUUAUCGAACGCUGAUAAGGCUAAGUACACCUUCCAUUAUUAUCAAUAAAGUUAGUUACAAAUGAUUUAGUUCGGAGUAUAGUAUAUUCAUGUAAAUAUUAAGGAAAAUGACGAAAACAAUACCAAUUUUUGUAUUGCUGGGAGUAAUUUUAGUAAAUGUAUGUGCUGGUAAAGAAACUGUAGAGGUCAAAUUGAAACAAGGUUUGGUGUCAGGGAAAGAACAGAAAACAUUCCUCUCUGGUAAACCUUAUUAUGCCUUCAAAGGAAUCCCAUACGCUGCACCACCAAUUGGAGAGCUGAGAUUCAAGCCACCAAAAGCACCUCAAGAUUGGGGCAAUGAACUGCUGGAAGCAUACACCGACAAACCUACAUGUGUCCAGUUCUGUUCAAGAAGCCGUAAUAGUGAACCAUACGGAAUAUCAGGCUCAGAGGACUGCCUCUACGUCAACAUCUUCACCCCAAACCUAGAGGGUUCAGCUGCAGUUCUCGUAUUCGACUUCCACGAUAACUUCCGCACUGGAUUCAAUGGCACUAAAACAUAUGCUCCAGAAUUUCUCCCGGAAGAAAACGUCGUUAUAGUCACGGUGAGCCAUCGACUAGGUCUACUUGGAUAUCUUACCACUGAAGACGAUGUCAUACCACCUAACAAUGGAAUUAAAGACUUCAUUUUUGCAUUGAAGUGGGUAAAAGAUAACAUAAAAAGUUUCGGUGGCGACCCCAAUCGAGUGACUUUAAUGGGAAGCAAAGGAGGUGCUGUAAUGGCUAAUAUAUUACUGUAUUCCGAACAAGCAAAAGGUCUUUUCAAUUCUGUUAUAAUUCAAGGCAGCUCUGCACAUGAGGCUAUAUUUUUCCCAAGAAACCCAAGAAAAUCAGCUUUUCAAAUUGCUGAACUUUUAAACAUUGAAACUGACGAUAGCACCACUUUACUGAAAGAACUACAGAAUUUGGACCAUGUGAAAAUUCUUGAGAAUGAAGUUGAAGUUGUUGACGAUGAAUUUUAUGAGAAAUAUCUAAUGAGCAUACAUCCAUUUGGCCCAGUGAUAGAAAAAGAAGGCCCUGAAGCCGUGUUAACGACUCUUCCUGAAAAUGGCAAGAUUGUCAAUGAUGUUCCAGUUUUAAUUGGAUUUAACUCUAGGGAAGGUUUAGAUCUUAUUUCACGUUAUUUAUUCAAUCCUCGGUCUUUGACUGAUAAUAGUCAAGACUUUUUCAUCCACUUUCCUAUCAGAGCUGAUUAUCGUUUUGACCGCAAUAAUUCUGCUUUCGAGCAGUACAAAGAAGAGGUGGUGGAGUUUUACUUUAAAGAUGGAGUAAUUACCUAUUCUACUCUAUUAGAAUAUGCCGAUUAUGUAGGCGAUGUGUUACAAAACUAUGCAAUGAACGCCGCUGCUAGGAAAAUAUCAUCGGACAUAAAAUCGCCAACUUUUUACUACAUGUUUGACUUUAACGGACUUAUCAAUGAAAACUGGUUGUAUGUAGCUAAAUAUUCAAGGUCAAUACCUUUGGGAAAUUAUGGAGCAAGUGUUGCAGACGAACUGUGCUAUUUGCAUUUAUGCUCUCGCAUCAAAAGAAAGUAUGUGGAACUGAAAAAGCUAGUGAGCGAGCAGAAUGAAAUGAAAGUUUUGAAGAAGAUGAUACGUAUGUGGGCCAACUUCGCUAAAACUGGGAACCCAACGCCCGAUGAAAAAGAUAGUAUUCUGAAGAACUUUAAAUGGCAGCCAAUCGACAAAGACAGCACUGACCUUGCGUACGCGCACAUAAAGAAGACUUUAAAUAUGGCCGUCAAUCCUCUGGGAAAACGAGAAACAUUCUGGGACACAACUUUGAACAAAUAUUUGCAAAUGGCCGUCGAUGGUGUGGCGCAAAAAGUUGAUGUUGAAAAAGAUGAGCUUUGAUACUCAGUAAUAAAAUCUCACAACACCUUUUAAAACUC